AGGAUGCUGUGUCGAGACUCGGCGACGCCAGACUUGCAGAUCGAGACCGCAGCUGGACCGCUGCACCUCGCGAGCGUAUCCUGUUUGGUCAUGGACGGCAAUGAGGAGGAAUUCUUGCUUGGCCGCAAGACUAUGCAGGACAUCGGCAUUGACAUCGACCGAUUGUUGGAGCAAUUGGCAGGUGGUAACCAG